CCAUUUCUGAACUGAGGACACAGCACUCGAGAAGAGAAUCUUUUAUGUUAUGUAUAUUUCUUAAUGUAAAUAAACUGUAACGUUAGGCUCUCCGCUGAAACUUCGAUACACACACACACAACUGAAGUAGCCUUUGCAAUUGUAGUAGGAACCCGUUCGGACAGUGGCUAGAGUCGAAGCUGGCCUUUUAUUUCACGUUUUAACUUUCCUAAGCGGCGGUUUCCGCCGUUUUUUUUCUUUCGCCCCACUCACUCUCCCGCUGUGUGAGUAGGGGCCUGUAAAGUUGGUUUAAGCCACGAGGCGCGUCGGAUAAACCGGAAUUGGGAGAUGGCGGAGUUCGGUAACGGAAUGGACUCCGGGAUGACGGAAGAAUCCCUGCUGGACUCAGACCCAGGGCACCCAGAACUAGAAGACCCGGGUGUUGGCGAUGAGGAACCUGGAUUAGAGGAGGGAGAGGCCGCGAUCGAGGACCCGGAGCUGGAGGCGAUCAAAGCUCGGGUGCGAGAGAUGGAGGAGGAAGCAGAAAAGCUGAAGGAGUUACAGAACGAGGUGGAGAAACAGAUGAAUCUUAGCCCUCCACCAGCCGGUCCCGUCAUCAUGUCCAUCGAGGAGAAAAUGGAAGCCGACGCGAGAUCUAUCUAUGUUGGAAACGUUGAUUACGGCGCCACGGCGGAGGAGCUAGAAGCCCACUUCCACGGUUGCGGCUCCGUCAACAGAGUCACCAUCCUGUGUGACAAGUUCACAGGGCAUCCCAAAGGGUUUGCCUAUAUUGAGUUUUCAGACAAGGAGUCUGUGAGGACGGCCAUGGCAUUGGACGAGUCUCUGUUCAGAGGAAGGCAGAUUAAGGUGGGUGUGAAGAGAACAAACAGGCCAGGUAUCAGCACCACAGACCGCGGGUUUCCUCGGGCCCGCUUCCGCUCACGAGGAGGGAACUUUAACCCGUCGCGCGCACGUUACUACAGUGGCUACACACCGCCCAGAGGCAGAGGACGGGCCUUCAGGGGCCGAGGGCGAACAACAUCGUGGUAUUCCCCUUACUAAUACCCCCAAACCCCCUUACUAUCACCUCCUUGUCCCCAUACCAAAAAAAAGAAUGAAAAAAGUCCCCCAAUAAAGGAAGGAACCCUGAGAAGAAAAAAGACAAAAAAAGACAAAAAAAAAAUAUAUAAAUAUAUCCUGGACAGACAAACUGGCCGCAGUGUGCGAUUGUGUGUGAGCGUGCGUGUGCGGAGUUGGUGCGGUCACCCUGGUAAGGUAUAUGAUGGCCGUUGGGGAGAUUUGGUGGCAUAUCUUUUGAGAUGUUAUCUCAGGCUGCAGAUGUGCCUCCUUUGUCUGGGUGUGAGGGUCACAGCCAACACAGCCCCCAAAUGCUUACAUUCGAAAAGCAAACAUCGAGGAUAAGUCAAUCUUUUUUGCUUUUUUUUAUGUACCGUACAUGUGAAACUUCCAAUAGCAAAAAUGUUGUUUAUGUUUUAGGUUGUAGUAUUGGAGUUCUCAUAUUCCCUUGUCUCUCUGUUCUCUGACCAGUUGCCACUUACCCUGCCCCAUCCUUUAACUCAUCACUUUUGUUACCAUCUCCCUUUGGUUCCAUCCCAUGCUCUCUUGUUUUCAGUAUCUUCCAGCAUUGGUCAUUCUGACAGCGAUUGCCUUUCAGUGGGUAAAUAAAUGUAAUCUCCUUUUAGCCCAUGGCAUUCACCCCAAGAAAGCAUGGCCAGAGCUCUGCCAACUUUACUUUUUUUUUGUGGGUCUGGUACUUUUUUUUUUCUCCUUGCACCCCUCUGCCUUUCUGUGCUGCUUCUCCUCCCAUUUGUCCGUCACCUCAUCUCCAUGUCCUUCACCUCCUCUCCAUGUCCCUCUCUCUUCUUUCUCCUCUCUCUGUAUAUUAGACCACUUCUUGUCGUUUCAGGUUUCAGGACCAGUGGAGGCUGACAACCCCUGCUCCGGUGGCCGCGGCGCCCCCCAAUGUCUCGGCAGGGUCUCUCUCUCUCUCUGCUCCUGCUAUGCACACUCACCCCAUCCUGUCUGUGUGGGGGGGAGGGGGUCAGGGCGAUCACAGGGCUACCGCAGGGGGCAUUUACUACAACAAGCGUUGAGCUGUCUUACACACACACACACUAGGCCAACACACUUUGCAGACACUACACAACCAACCACCACACACAUUUAUAGAGAGAGCUAAUGUCAAGAUGGCAGCAGCUGUUUUAGUUGGGAGAGUGAGAAAGAUGGGACCAGAGAAGGGGGGAGGGGGUACCAGGGCCCUGGCCCUGUCUCAGACAGUGGCACAGGGGCUAAAGUAAUUAAUUAAAAAGAGUGGAGCUUUUAUUUUAAGGGGGGUGGGUUUGUGUGGAGGGGUUUGGUUUUUGGAAACAGGAGUGGGUUUAAAAAAAAAAAAGUUUAGCUUUUUUUAUUUUUAACCCAUAAGUCUGUAAUUAGAAAAAAAAAAUAAAGACUGUAAAAAAUGA